AUGGCUUCAACUUACAGCUUGACUGGUAACCUUGCUGAGAGUAUCGAAGACGGAAACUUUGUGUGGGCUGGACGGACAGAUUAUCUGGUCAAGAACAGAGGAUUCUUGAUUAACAUCGAGACUGAGGUCGGCCCGACAUUGCUCAGCUUUCCAACUAUACGUGUCGCCGUCGCUCUGAUGUGGCGAGAGAAACUGGUUGGCUUUGUCCAACCCUCCACUGUGAAUAUUGACGAGCUUUGUGUUUUCCUCCGGCAGCAAUACGACCCUUUUGUGGUCCCAGACAAUAUUGUGGCCCUGGAUAGUUUCCCCUUGACAGUGAACAGCAAGAUCAACAAGCGCGCCCUCUCUGUGCAGCUGGAUGAGCGAUUCUCGCACGAAGACGAAGGCCUGGAGGAUGAAGGUAAGGAGCUGUCUGCCCACAAUGCCUUACCCAGCCGCCUCAAAACGUACGGAUACUCGAUUGUUACUAUCCAGGCCUUGCGUUUAGACACUAUAGGAGAGCUAGAAAAGGUCGUUGCCGUCAUUCACAAGGCAAAAGGACCAGAAGACUAUACAACUGGUCCAGAAUUUGCCACUGAUGUGCAAAAAGGAUUUUUCAGGUCACUCGACAAUCCAGAUUUCGGCGCCCUCAUCGGAACAGCCAGAUACGUCGGAGAUCGUCUUGCUAUCCCCACAUGGGCGAGCUGCAUAAUGCUUUCAUCACGGCGCUAUCCGCCCACAGUAUCUUCCAUACCCGCCUUGGUGCAGGGGACUUCUCUCUGUCUGAUCUCGGUCGCCUAUGCCUCAACUGGAAGGAAGUGCACCCCAGAAUGA